UUCAAUUGGAAACUCUCCUCGUUUUGGUUGGUUUGCGCAAGCGCAGUUUGCGAAGGUGGAAUUUCUGAGGAUUCUGAGGAAGAAGAAGAAGAAGAAGAUGAUGAUGAUGAAGAUGAAGAUUUAGAAUCUGUCGAGGUGGAUUCUGAUGCUGAGGAUUCUGGCGUUGUGGAACUAUAG